UGUUUCGCUUUGUCCUACGUGGUCGCACGUGUUAGUCAGUGUGUCUGAACGAAUUUAACACGACUUCUACUCGGUUAGCUUAGCCUCGUUGCUCUGCUGCUUUGCUUUGUACACUGUGUUUGCUACAAUGACAGAAAAGUCCUGCUAGCUUCCCCGCCCCUACUCAUCCACAGGGCAAGAUGUUGGAGUCCUAUGUCACGCCGCUCCUCAUGAGCUAUGUGAACAAGUACAUCAAGAACCUGAAGCCAUCAGAUCUGCAGCUGUCUCUCUGGGGAGGAGAUGUGGUGCUCAGCAAGUUGGACCUCAAACUGGAUGUAUUGGAACAGGAGUUGAAGCUACCCUUUACCUUCUUGAGUGGCCAUAUCCAUGAACUGCGCAUCCAUGUACCUUGGACCAAGCUGGGCUCGGAGGCUGUCGUCAUUACUAUCAACACCAUGGAGUGCAUUCUCAAGCUGAGGGAUGGAGCCCAGGAUGACCAUGAGAGUGGCUCUAGCUCCACCAGUCGCAGUGCCUCGGACAGCUCCAAGGCUGUGGCUAAGCCUCGUCGCCUACAGCAGGCAGCCCCCAGCGACCCAGACCUGCCCCCAGGUUACGUGCAGAGUCUCAUCAGACGUGUGGUGAACAACUUGAAUGUUGUGGUGAACAACCUGAUCCUGAAGUACGUGGAAGAUGACAUUGUGCUGUCGGUCAACAUUACAUCUGCAGAGUGCUACACUGUGGACGAUAUGUGGGAGAGGGCCUUCAUGGACAUCGCUGCGCCAGAGCUGGUCCUCAGGAAAGUGAUCAACUUUGCAGACUGUACUGUCUGUUUAGACAAAAGAAAUGCUAGUGGCAAGAUCGAGUUUUACCAGGACCCACUGCUGUACAAAUGCUCCUUCAGGACGCGCCUUCACUUUACCUACGACAACAUUAAUUCCAAGAUCCCAUCUGUUAUCAAAAUCCAGACCAUGGUGGAGAGCCUGAAGUUGUCUCUUACUGAUCAACAGCUGCCAAUGUUUAUCCGCAUUUUACAGCUGAUUAUUGCUCUCUACUAUGGGGAGAUGGGAGGAAACAAAGAGGGUGAAGGAGAAGAGGGCAGUGGUCAAGUCAGAGAGUCUGGAGGAAGUGUACCUGGGAUGGAUGUGGACAUGGAAAGCCAGGAGCCUAAUGUAGACAUACAGCCUGGGAGUCCUGAAGAUAUGGACCAAGGCUGGAUGUCCUGGGCAUGGUCCUUUGUCCCAGCCAUUGUAGGCGAAGAUGACGAAUUUGAGGAAGACCCCUAUCAGCAGAGAGAGAUGGGAAGCAUCUCUAACAGGCCCCAUCAUCAUGCUCAUAAAGAUCCCAUUGUUUCCAUAGGCUUCUACUGCACUAAAGCUUCUAUUACUUUUAAGCUGACAGAAACUCACUCAGAGAGCAGCUACUACAGUCCACAGAAGGUAAAGUCCAGAGAAGUCCUGUGCAUGGAGCAACAGGGAAUCACAAUUGAGGUGCUGAUGAUGGGGGAACCGUUUUUUGAUUGUCAGAUUGGCUUUGUUGGCUGUCGGGCCUUGUGUUCAAAAAGCAUCAUGGGAGUACGAGAUUUUGAAGAAAACAUAAACCGAAGUGAAGAGGAUGCUGUGUUCUUCAGCUGUGGGGACAGUCUCAGUAGUAAAGGAAUGACUUACCUGACCAACUCUCUCUUUGACUACCGCAGCCCAGAGAACAACGGUGUCAGGGCUGAGUUCAUCCUAGAGGCUACCAGUCACAAGGAGACCUACACUGAGAUAGCGGGCAUGCAGCGCUUUGGUGCCUUCUAUAUGGAUUAUCUCUACACAAUGGAGAACAGCAGUGGCAAAGGCUCCCAGGACUUCUCAGUGGUUGGCAUGGAGGAGACAGUGCCAGUUGUCAAAGAAACAUCCAUCAAGAGGCUGGUGGUGGGACCUUUGGAUGUCAGGCUGCACAGCAGCGCUGUCCACCGCAUCCUCAAGAUGGUCACCUGUGCCAUGGACCACGAGUAUGAGCCAUAUUGCAAACCACAGCCAGAAACCAUUGAAGAGAGCCAUCAUUCGACAAAUUCAGAGGACAUAUCAAGCUUAGAGGAAUUCAUCCCAACCCGACUCACUUGUCUCACUCUGCUCCAAGUCUCAGUCACUGUCUUCAUGGCAGAGUUCAACCUCCUUCAAGCACUAAUGCCUGUCAUCAUGGGACACAAGGCUGCACCGGGACCAGUCUGUGCGCCAGUGUUUCAGCCAGUGCGCCCCCUACCUUCAGUGCAGUUCAAGGUGGAGAGAGUUAAUGUCGAACACUCUGUGCCCAUGUAUGCUCCAGAGUUGGUCAGCACCAUCAGUAGCCUCAACCAACCUUCUGACAACCUUCUUCAUCACUGCUAUGCCCACCUCUACCUAAAGGUGUUUGGUUUCCAGGCAGGCUUGACAUGCCAAAACAGUACAGGGGGUAUGCUGCCUCUUAUACCAAUCAUCCCUUCCUUUAGCACUGCUCUGUACGGGAAGCAGAUUCAAAUGCCUGCAUACUGGAGCAAAAGAUCUUCGGUCCCCACCACAGAGUGUAUAUUUGAGCUCCCUCACUUCACUGUCCAGGCCACAAGGGCCCAGACGCUUUUGCUCCAAGUGAUCUGUCAGAGCUGGACCCACAGCACGAUCAGUGGAACCCCACCGACACUCAGCGAAAGCCUUCUCAAUGAGGUGUACAGAGCACCAGGUGUGAAACCUCUGGGCCCGUCACCGACUCUCGAGGGCUCGGUCCAAAACCUGGAGCUGAAGUUCUGCAGCCGUGCAACGGUGAAAUGUGCCUCAGGAACCUUGGGAGCUGUAAAAGUGUGCGCCAGGACCCCAGGUUCAGGUGAAGGAGUGAAGGAGAAGUUGGUUCCUCUGAUUCAGGGGCCUUCUGACACCAAAGAACUCCAUAUGAGCCGCUGGCUCAAUGAGAUCCGCAAGCCUGAGUCUUUGCUAGCCCCAGACCUGCUGGUGUUUUCUGUUCUGGUCCCUCAGCAAGGAGACAGUUGCAGGAACUCAGGUGCAGUACUGCUGGUCAGUAUCCAAGGCAUAGCCAUCAACAUGGAUCCAGUCUUUUGCACAUGGCUGCUGUACCAACCAUACAGAGGAGGCAGUAGGCAAAAGAAUCAUCCAGGUCCAGCUUCAAUGGCCAAGAGGAGAGAGGAUGAGAUGUCAGUAGGGAGCACACCUUUGGCCAAACAGCCCUCCAAUCAAGCCUCAGACUAUGCCAGCAGCCCGGUCAAAAGCAAGACAGUCACAGAAUCCCGUCCACUGUCCAUACCAAUGAAGGUGAUGCCUGACACCACAGCAGGAGAGUCGCAGACAUCUUCAGAGGAGAGAAUGAAGGAGCUCAUUGCGCAUGUCUGGGAUGCUGUUAAACGCCUUACUCUACAGUUGGAGCUGCAGUCAUGCUGCAUGUUCCUGCCUAAUGACAGCCUCCCCUCCCCGAGCACCAUCAUCAGUGGUGACAUCCCCGGCACCGUCCGGAGCUGGUACCACAACCAGGCCUCCAUGCCUGGGACUCUGGUAAUCUGCCUGCCCCAAAUCAGUGUCCUCAGCGCUGGCCAUAAAUACAUGGAACCACUGCAGGAACUUCCUUUUGUGGUCAACAAACCUAUCUUAGAAGAAGGUGAUGCCUUCCCCUGGACAAUCAGCCUGAGUCAGUUCAGUGUGUACACACUACUGGGCCAGCAGCGGAGCCUGAGCCUGCUGGAGCCUAUGGGCUGUACCUCCACUCUGGCCGUCACGUCUCAUAAGCCACAGACAUGCUCUGAAGGAAGGCACUCGUUUGUGGUUUGUCUCCAUGUUGACCUGCAGCCCGUCCACAUCAAGUGCUCCAACCCUCAGGUUCAGCUGUUGUAUGAACUCCUCCUGAGCUGGAGCUCUACGUGGGCUCGUCUCCAGAAGCAUGGCAUCUUACGUCAGACCUCCAACAUUCCAGAACCGCCUGCUGGUGCUGCACCAUCCUCACCAGUUCGCAGCAGUGCUGGCACCGCCCUUCCGGACACUAGCACCUGCAGCCCCUCUGCGGAUUUUGGCUCCCCCACUGAGGGUGACUCAGUGCCCGCUGCUGACAACAGUCCAUUCGCCGACACAGUGACUUUGGAGCAGAAAACCAGCAAUAUUGGUGGUACCAGUGGGAAGGUCAGCCUUUGGAUGCAGUGGAUGUUACCCAAGGUCACGGUCAAACUGUUUGCUCCUGACCCAACUGCCAAAAAGACAGAAAUUUGUGUCAUCAGUGAACUAGAAGACCUGAGUGCCUCUGUAGAUGUCCAAGAUGUGUACACAAAGAUCAAAUGCAAAGUUGGCAGCUUCAACAUCGAUCACUACAUACGCAGUAUGGAGGAUGGUGUUCGGAGCUCAGGCAACUGUGGAGGAGUGGUGCUCUCUUGCACUGACAAGCUGAACAGGCGCACUGUGUUGGUUCGACCCGUCAGCAAGCAAGACUCUUUCAGCCAUUUCUCUGGCUUUUUCCCUUCUACUGCAGCCAAGGUCCUGGAGGGCUCUCACCAGCAGCAUGGCUUCCUGUCAAUCACCUACACCCAGGCUGUCACCAAAAAUGUCCGUCACAAACUCACAACACGGUCUGAGCGACCCACACGUUGUAGUGCUGCGACCACAGAUCCCCUAGCAGAUGGCUCACCUCAGUACCUCAGAGAAAUCCUGCUGACUGCACAACCCUUUGAUGUGGUGCUGUCUUGUCCCUUGUUGGCCACCGUAGCAGGGGUGCUCCAGGCAACUGUACCAAGACGCUACAGGGAGCGCGGGAAGUCAGCAGGCCAGCCAAUGAGAAGCCACACACUGACCUCUCGCUGUUUGCCUCUCAUGUACAUCAACACCAGUGUGAUCCGGGUCUUCUGUCCUGGAGUACAAGACAAGCAGCCAACAUCAGAUCCCCAUGUGAAACAUGAAGACACCUUGGUAUUAAAGAUGGGCUCCCUCAGCAUGGCUCCACAGGCUGAUAACCCCCUGACCCGCACUGUGCUGCGUAAAGACAUCUACCAACGUGCGCUGAACCUCGGCAUCCUGCGAGACCCAGGUUCAGAAGUGGAGGACCGUCAAUACCAGAUUGAUCUCCAGUCUAUUACCAUUGGAACAGCUCAGUGGGAGCAGCUCAAGCCAGAGAAGGAGGGAAUCAAAGGGGGUGUGUCCACAGAGAAUGAGAGGAACUCCCAGAACCCAGCCCUGGAGUGGAACAUGGCCAGCAGUAUUAAGAGGCACCAGGAGCGCCGGGCUAUCCUGACACCAAUCCUGACCGAAUUUUCUGUUCGAGUGACGGCAGCCCCAGCCAUCAUCUUCAGCAAGAACCUCUCUCCCGACAGCGGACAGACAGAGGAGGUGGUGGUGUGUGGUCACUCUCUGGAGGUGAACGUGACCAGCAGCCUAGACUUCUACCUCAGCGUUGGCCAGGUGAAGCUCUUACAGCAGCUUCUGAAAGACAACAUGGUGGGGAUGGAUACAACCGAGAAAAGUGCUGAGGUGCGGCGACAUGAGCAGAAGCAUGGUAGUCGUGACCGAGCAACGGGUGUUGACUCCUCGUCACGUCACAGUGGAACUGGGCAGGACAGCGGCUUUGGCAGCGACAGCGCUCGCAUCCGCAUCGUUCAAAUAGAGCAGCAGAGUGGAGCCAGCCACCACUGCAUUGCUCGGCCCUCCUACAAGUCCACUAUCACCAAGAACCUCAACUUCAUCCCUUUCGACAUUUUUCUCACUGCUAGCAGGCUGUCUGUCAUGACCUAUGCCUGCUCCAGUUCCUCAAAGACCCUUUCAUCAUCUUCUGACAUCUCCUGCACACUGGAGAAGGAGGCUGGGGAUAAGGUGGGAAAAGGUGCCCUCAACCAGCCUGAAACCCUGCCUGAGUCUUCUCCAGCCCCUGCCUCUUCAACCCCAGAAUCUGCUCCAGCUGCACAGGAUUCCCUCGCUGGCCUGACAGCUGAGGACAUCUUUAACAGCAACACAUCCCAGCCAGCUUCCCCGCUACUGAGAGGUAGCCUGCUCUCCCUGAAUGGACUCCCAACCCCCAGUCGCUCCUCAGCUCGCCAAGCACUGGGUGUGACCAUAGUGAGGCAGCCGGGGAGAAGAGGGGCCGGGGACCAGGUGUUGGAACCCCUCCUUUAUCUCCAGGUGAUGCAACCAUCUGCUCUGCUCAGCUGCCACCAUCGCAAGCAGAGGAUGGAGUUGUCUGUAUUUGAUGUGGCCUUAAGGGGAGUAACAUCUGACUACAAGUGUCUAGACCCAGGAAAGACUCUGCCAGAAUCUCUUGACUACAAUGUGCUUUGGCUGCAGACAGUAGCAGGAGAGGUAGACAGUAAAACGGGCAUUCCUCCCCCUCUGCUUUGCCUCCAGAUCAAAGAUUUCCUCAACGGGCCAGCUGAGCUAAACCUAGAACUAUCACGGCCCCUGAAAAUCAGUCCUACCCUGGUGAAGCUGGAGCAGGCCAAAGCCUACCUCAAGAAAGUGGUGCCAAACUAUGUGUGGGAUACCUCCAGUAAAUCAUCGUCUGCUGCUUCCACACCUCACUGUUCCCCGACAAAGACACUGCCCAGACCUUUGCUUAUUCGUUCAGACCCCCACCGUCAGACCUCUGCUCUGAGUAAAACCAGCAACAUCCAGGCACUGGCAAUGUACUUCCAUAAGGUCUCUCUGCACACUGCUCAAAUAGUAGUCGUCAUGGAGACUGAGGCUCAUCCAAUGAUGCCAAGUGUGACAGUGUCAGUGUCAGCCAUGACCGGAAAUCUCAACAUGAAGUCGGGGCCAAAGAUUGAAGAUUCAGUCCAGGCUUCCUCUGUGCAGCUGAAGCUACAGGAUGUGUUGGUGAGAACAGGCCUGAAGGACCGAAGCCAUCUCUUGCUAGGGCCGUUCUCUUGCAGCAGCUCUCUGGAGGCCCGGUGGUGUCGGCACAGCGGCAGCCCUGGACCUGAACCCGGUCCCCCUAAACUGCUGCUGGAUCUGAAUGGAGGCCUGUUGCAGGUCUUUUGGGGCCAAGAGCAUCUGAACUGCCUGAAGCUGGUGGAAGAGCACCUGUGGGCGUACCUUCACCUCCAGAAAGCCAAUUCAGACGACAGCUCGUCCAAGGGCAAACCCUGCCACACACAGCCACCUCCCUCACCUGGCUCUCCCUCUCCUCAGACAGAGCACAGCUCAGAUGACCUGCGCACAGGGCAUUUUCACUACAUCCAGGACUCAGCAGCCCAAAGAUUGCCAGGACCCCAUGAGGUGGUGUUCUACAGCGAAACAGAAGACAGCCCUGGGGUGAUGCUGUGGAGAUACCCUGAACCCCGUGUCCUUACCUACGUCAGGAUCACUCCUGUCCCUUUCAACACCACAGAAGACCCUGAGAUCAGCACAGCUGACCUGGGGGAUGUCCUGCAGGUACCAUGCAGCCUUGAGUAUUGGGAUGAACUCCAGCAAGCCUUUGUUUCAUACCGGGACUUCAGCCUGUCGGAGAGCAGUGCCUGCCAGCUGCAGCUCCCCAGCCUCAGCCUCACUGACCAACAGAAAGAGCUGGUGGCUUCAGACCUUUGGAGGAUUGUACUCAAUAAUAACGGAGAGGGAGGAGAUGAGCAAAGUUUGGACAGUGAGUCUGGGUCCCAGGUUCCCUGCGAUCAGUUGGUAUCUCCAAUUGCACUGGCAGCCUGCACCCGUGUGGACUCCUGCUUUGCACCUUGGUUUGUCUCCUCCAUGGGCGUGUCACUACAACUGGCACAGCUGGAAGUUCACCUCUGCCAUCACCUGGAAAAACUGGGUACAGUUCCGUCACGGCAACUUCGUCCCUUCCUGCCAGACAGGAAGUUACCACAGGAGCAGGAGUUCAUGGUGAUUGGUGCUCGGGAGCCGAGGGUCUUUUUACGGCAGUGGAGCUAUGGACCAUGUCAUUGUCAGGAGGUUAAUUUUUCCACGCAGUUGGACUGCAAGCUGCUAGAAUACCGAAACGUAACACACCUUCAGCUUCUCCAGCCUUGUGUGCUGCAGGGACAGGCUGCUGCUACUUUUUCUCCUGAGAACACCACACUGGACGUGAAUGUGUUUGUGGACCCAGUUUUCCUUAAUAUCAGCCAGUAUGGUAUCCACACUGUGGACACUGCCCUGCACAGCUGGCAACAGAAUGGGAACCCAGAAGCUGAGGAGCUGAUCUACAGCCACUAUGUGAUCUGUAAUGACACCCAUGAAACUCUGCGUUUUGGCCAGGUGGACACAGAUGAGAAUGUGCUGCUGGUCAGCCUCCACAGCCACCAGUACAGCUGGAGAUCUCACAAGUCCCCUCAGCUGCUGCACAUCUGCAUUGAGGGAUGGGGAAACUGGCGCUGGUCAGAGGCCUUCAGUGUGGACAAUGUAGGGACGCUGCUGAGGACCAUUCAGUACAAAGGACGCACUGCCUCACUCAUCAUCAAGGUGGUGCAGGUUAGCGGUGUCCAGAAACAGGUAAUAAUCUGUGGGCGUCAGGUCAUGUGUAGCUACCUGACUCAGGACAUUGAGUUGCGGGUGGUGCAGCACUAUGUGGGUCCUGACAGUCAGACGGUGGUUAAGGAACACUGUGAUUGCUUGGAGGCUGGGGCCAAGAUGCCUUCCUAUGUGCUGGAGGACACCGAGAUGACAGAGCUGUGUGUGAGGGCCCGAGGAGACGAAGACUGGUCCCAGGACGUUCAGUUGGAGAGGAGGAACAGAGGAAGCAACAGCUAUGUUGUACAGGUGCCGUGUUCCAGUGGUUCUUUACUCUUUGUGUGGUGUGCACUCAUCACCAUUGAACCUGAUUCUCACUUGCAGCAGAGAGUAGUGGUUUUCAGUCCUCUGUUUGUCAUGACGAGCCACCUGCCAGACCCAGUAAUCAUCCAUAUAGAGAAGAGGAGUCUAGGACUGAGAGAGAGCCAGCUGAUUCAUGGACAUGGCCACCAGGAGCCCCUGUUAAACACAGAGGCUGACCUCACCCACCAUCUCACCUUCCAGGCCAGUGAUGAUGAAGACGCCUCCCACUGUGCUGUGCCAAUCUCCACCAACCUCAUCAAGCAAAUCGUGAAUAAGAGUGGAAGUGAGGAAAACCUGAAAGACAUCCUGGCUGACUUCUAUGGUCCCAAGACUUCAACUGAGCUUCCAUGGCCUUACAUCACCAAAGAUACCGACAGGUCUUUGCUGGAGCCGUUAGCUCAGUGGGAUAGUCCCAUGCAGGUGAAGUUAUCCUGUUGGAAGUCUGGCCUGAACACUCUGCUCGUGGAACUGCUGCCCUGGGCUCUGCUCGCCAACUACUCCCAAUGGGACCUCUGGCUUUUUGAGGGAGAAACCAUUGUGCUCCAGAUACCAGCUGGCAAAGUCAUCGUACCACCCAACUUCAAGGAGGCUUUCCAGAUUGGCAUCUACUGGCCCCACACUAACACUGUCCACAAGUCCGCAGCACUGAAACUGGUCCAUGAAUUAACUUCUCCUCGAUGGAAAGAGGGCUCAGGCUCUGAGAUGGUCACUUUGGAUGAGGAGGGAAAUGUAGAGGCAGACAUCACUCUGGGAGCCUUCCCUGGAAGGCAGAAGAUGUGUCAGUUUUGCGUGUCAUCUACGGUGAGACAUGGUAUCCAGAUCCUGCAAAUAGAGGACAGGACCAUUCUGGUCAACAACACACCUUACACGAUCCAGUGCCGGCCUCUGCUGACUCACCACGCGCUGGGAAGUGAUGAUCAGGCCUGCAAGAUACCAGAGACAGCCCUGUUCAGCCUGGCUCCCUCUGAAAAUUCGUCCCUGGCCAAGCCCGGCUCAGUGCCGUGCUGGGACCUCCUCCAAACCAGUGUCCUGGGAAAGGUGGUGUACCCUCUACCACUCAGACACAUGCUCUUCAGCUUGUUUCCCAGGCCUGAUGCUGGAGUUGGAUCUGCAGCAUGGAGCCUCCCCACUCCCAUUCGACCAGACUUCCCCAGGCAGAGUUUGUCUGUUCCUGGGGAACUGUGCUCUGAGGUUGGCCUUAGCAGCAGACCUUUAGUUUUGACAUAUCACGAACACCUUGGUGUCACGUACAUCACCCUGAAUGAGGAUCCCUGUCCUCGCUUGCUGAUCCACAACAAAUGCCCUAUCCCACUGCUGUUGAAGGAAACUGUUAAAGAAACUCCAAGGACUGAGGUAUUCUGCCGUCCUCUGCCUGCUAAUUGUUCCCUGCACCACGAGCUCUACCACCACUUGUCCAGUUUCCCAGAAUGCAAUCAAAGAGAGAUGCUUCCCUCACUUCUGCUGAAAACCACCACAAGCCACAACACCACCGACUGGACUGACCCCAUAGAUAUCAACUGCCUCGGCACUCAGGUGGUGUUCCUGCCAGGCUUUGGGUGUCUCUAUGUAGAUGUGGUGCAUGAGAGAGGCACCCUGGUUUUAUAUCUGGCACCAGAGGGCAGUGUGGACACUAUAACCAGCAGCAGGACCCCCAAGUUGUCCUUCACAGUCCUGUUGAGUGAGACCAGUGUGGCAUUGUGUGAUGACAUCACAAGCCCCUCUGGUUCUGUGGAGCUGCUGAGACUCACGUUAACUAAGCUGCUCUUCAGCCUAACUCCUGCACCUGCCUCCCUUCCCCUGGAGCAGGCAGUCGACACUGACAUGGACAUCGCUCCUAUCUCAGCUCUGAUGGCUGAACGCUCUCUUAUUGAGGUCUGCUGCUCCAGUCUGCAAGUGGACAACCAGCUUUAUAACCGAGCAAGUUUCCACUUCCCCGUGCUGCUGUGCCAGGAUCAGAGAGUGGCUGAUCCCGGCGGUCUGUGGAGCAGAGAUGCCAACCCAGCACCUGAAGCCCUGGAGGAGUUCAAACGCUCUUGUUUCUUGCAGAUCAGGAUGACGCUGGCUGGAGACAAACGCACUUUGGAGGAGGUCACCUUCCAGCUCCAGCCUGCCAGAGUCUACCUUGAAGACACCUUUGUUUACUACAUCAGGACCCUGUUCUACACUUACAUCCCUGACAGAGCUAUGGCUCCAGCUAUAGCAGAGAGACGGAGGAGCAAAGAUCCUCUAUCAGCCCCCAUCAUACCUGAGCAGGUGCUUCAGGCGAUGCAGGCGUUGGUCACCCCUGUGCAGCUACAUCGGCUGACCCUCCAGCCGAUCAACCUGCUGGUCAGCAUCCAUGCCUCCCUUAAGCUCUACAUCGCAUCAGAUCACACUCCUCUCUCCUUCUCUCUGUUCGAGAGAGGGCCGCUGUUCACCACAGCCAGGCAGCUGGUCCACGCUCUGGCCAUGCACUACGCUGCUGGAGCCCUUUUCAGAGCUGGUUGGGUGGUGGGUUCACUGGAGAUCCUUGGCAGUCCUGCCAGUCUGGUGCGGAGCAUCGGUAAUGGUGUGUCUGACUUCUUCCGCCUGCCAUAUGAAGGUCUGACCCGAGGACCUGGAGCCUUUGUGAGUGGAGUUUCUAGAGGGACAACCUCUUUUGUCAAACACAUCUCAAAAGGUACACUGACAUCCAUCACCAACUUGGCAACAAGUCUGGCCAGGAACAUGGACCGUCUGUCUCUGGAUGAAGAACAUUACACUCGGCAGGAGGAAUGGAGGCGACAGCUGCCAGAGAGCCUUGGGGACGGACUGAGGCAGGGACUGUCACGACUCGGCAUCAGCUUGUUAGGGGCGAUUGCUGGCAUUGUGGACCAGCCCAUGCAGAACUUCCAGAGGAGCUGGGAGGUGCAGAGUUCAGCUGGUAGCAAAGCCAAAGGAGUCAUCUCUGGAGUGGGGAAAGGCAUUGUGGGAGUUUUCACCAAGCCCAUUGGAGGAGCGGCUGAACUGGUGUCCCAGACUGGAUAUGGGAUCCUUCAUGGAGCAGGACUGUGUACGCUUCCUAAACAACUCUACUUGCCUGCAGAGGGGAAGUCGGCUCAGGCGCCAAACAGCCACCUUAAAUAUGUCUGGAAGAUGCUUCAGUCUCUGGGACGACCGGAGCUCCACAUGGCACUGGAGGUGACCAUCGUGAGUGGCUCUGGUCAGGAGCAUGCUGGCUGUCUGCUGCUCACCUCCGAGGUGCUGUUUGUGGUCAGUCUCAGUGAGGACACGCAGCAGCAGGCUUUCCCCAUCACAGAGGUGGAGUGUCAACAGAUGCCAGGACAUGAAGGUCAGCUCGUCCUCACUCUGCAGCAGCAGACAGUGACCAGUGACACAGAGGGAGACGGCGUUCGUGAGCGUUUGUCGGAGCAGCAGUACCGGCGGCUGGUGGAUUACGUGACCAGGGCCUCCCAGUUCCUUUCCCCCUCCGCCUUGUGUCUCCAGCUGCAGCCACCGGUGACGCUUGCUGAGCCGCCGCCCUCUGUCACCAAGUCUUACCGCUACCUGGUGGAUCCAGCUUUCUCCAAGGUGUUUGUCAGCAAGUUCAACAUGGUAAAGAAUAAAGCCCUGCGCAUUGGAUUCCACUGACACCUGAGAGUUAUUUAAGAUCAGACAUUUGUUUCUACUUAAACUAAGCCUUAAACAAAGUGGGGGGGUGCACUUUUUUUUAUAUAUAUAGAAAAACAAUUUAUGCAAAAUAAAGUUAAAAUAUAUAUAUUUAACUGUAUGUCCACAUUAUUCUUCUAAAUUAAUUGCCUUUUGAAAUAUAUUUUUACUAAUGCAACAGGAAGACUGUAAAUCUGUUUUAAUCACAGCAACUCUUAAGUUAAGACUGUUUAACUUAAAUGAACUCUAUAAAGUCAGAUUUGUGUCAAUGUGAAUGAAACCUCUGCAGUGUUGCAGAUAGAAAAGAACGUUUCAGUCUGUAAAGCUCCUGCUGUUUACCGUCUCCUUCAGCUACUGUUAAGUGCAAUAGUAACAAAGAGAAAAAAAGGUGGUGGACACUAAAGCAACCAGCUGUCAACCAAAAUGUUUUUAUUAAUGAUGUAACAUACUUGUUUAAACAAUGUUCUGUUUAAGUUAACAUUGUUGCCAACAUGUUACUGUUGCACUACUGAGUCCUAUGUAAAAAGUCUAAUGAUGCCUUCGAUGUUUAUAAAUGGAUAUUAAGACAAUAAAA